CUAUCCACAUACAUAGUCCUCCUGAUCCGCCGCCAUGUCUACUGCCACUGCCCGCGUCCCCCUGAUCGCUCCCUCUUCUCACCACCGGCCGGCCGGGCUGGCGGCGGCUGGGGCGGAGUGGAGGCAGGCCGGCGGCACGGGGAUCAUCGGAGCUGAGGGGACGGUUGGAGCCGAGUGCCGUGGCAGCACGGAGCGUGCUGUGGACGACGACGACGUGGGCGAGCCACGGGCGGUAGUCCGGACGUUGACGUGCGAGCGCAAGCCUCUCGGGGAGGGCUUCGCACUGUGGCGGAGCAUUGGCAGGCCUGAGCUGCAGGACUUGGAUCCUUUCCUGUCUUUCGACGAGUUCGAGUUUUCUCCUCCAGCUGGCUUUCCUGAUCAUCCCCACAGAGGAUUUGAGACUGUCACCUAUAUGCUCGAGGGAGGCUUGAGUUACCAUGACUUUUCAGGCCACAAGGGCACCAUCAACACCGGAGACGUUCAGUGGAUGACGGCGGGGCGCGGCGUGGUGCACGCGGAGAUGCCCGGCGGGCAGGGCGUGCAGAAGGGCAUCAACCUCUGGAUCAACCUCUCCUCCAAGGACAAGAUGGUGGAGCCGAGGUACCAGGAGCUGGCCAGCCACGACAUCCCCACCGCCCACCAGGACGGCGUGUCCGUGAAGGUCAUCGCCGGCGAGUGCCUCGGCGUGCGCUCCCUGCUCCGGCCCCGCACCCCGGCCCUGUGCCUCGACGUCACCCUUCGGCCCGGCGCGCGCCUGCGCCAGCCCGUCCCGCGCGGCUGGAGCGCGUGCGCGUACGUCAUCGCCGGCGACGCUGUCUUUCAGAGCGCCACCGACAUCACCUCCACAGCGGGCGCGCGCACACUCGUCGUGUUCGGCGGCGACGGCAACUACAUGGCCGUGCGGGCCGAGGAGGGGGUCGCCGGGGCCGCGGGGGCGAGGGUGAUGCUGGUGGCAGCGCGGCCGCACGGCGAGGCGGUGGUGCGGGAGGGUCCCUUCGUGAUGAACACGCGGGAGGAGGUGGAGCAGGCCCGGGAGGACUACCGCCACCGCCGCAACGGCUUUGAGAUGGCCGAUGGCUGGACCUCCGACCACGCCGCCACCGCCUCCGUGCAUUGAUACUCUAGGCCGGAGGCCAGCCGGCAGCUGGGAAUCCUAGGAUGCGUCGUAAGGAUGUAAUCUUGUGAUGGCAAUGUCCAUGCGUGGAUGGUAUCUAAUGGGCUGAAAUUUCGCAACAAAAAAAGUUUGUGUAGUAGAAACUGUUUGGAAUAAGGUCAUGAUCAAUUUGGAAUCAA